ACCCUCCAUUAUUAUUCUUACAAACCAAAAAAACUCUCUUUUUUUCUCUCUGUAACACAAAAAUGUCACCUCCAAAAAUCAAGAAAACCUUCCCAUCAGUAACAACAUGUGAUACCACCACCAUGAACAACCACUCUGUAGCGGCUGAUCUUGACGGAACCCUAUUAAUUGGCCGUUCAUCUUUCCCUUACUUCAUGUUAGUAGCCAUUGAAGCUGGUAGCCUUUUUAGGGGUCUUAUCCUUUUGCUUUCAUUCCCUCUCAUCGCUAUCGCGUAUGUUUUUGUGUCUGAAGCAUUAGCUAUUCAAAUGCUCAUAUAUAUAUCUUUUGCUGGACUUAAAGUAAGGGAUAUAGAGCUUGCUGCAAGAGCUGUGUUACCGAGGUUUUACGCGAUGGAUGUGAGGAAAGAGAGUUUUGAGGUGUUUGAUAAGUGUAAUAAGAGGAAAGUCGUGGUUACUGCAAAUCCAACUAUUAUGGUUGAGCCAUUUGUGAAGGAUUUUUUAGGAGGUGAUAAGGUUCUUGGUACUGAGAUUGAGGUGAAUCCUAAGACUAAGAAGGCUACUGGUUUUGUGAAGAGUCCUGGGAUUUUGGUUGGGAAGUGGAAGAAGUUGUCGAUUUUGAAGGAAUUUGGAGAUGAAAUGCCUGAUAUUGGAUUGGGUGAUCGUGAAUCUGAUCAUGAUUUUAUGUCAAGUUGUAAGGAGGGUUAUAUGGUACUUCCUAGCAAAUCAGCACAACCAGUGCCACUUGAUCGCUUGAAAAGCAAAUUGAUCUUCCAUGAUGGUCGCCUUGUCCAGCUUCCAACUCCCCUCAAUGCAUUAAUCACCUAUAUUUGGCUGCCAUUUGGAUUUGCUCUCGCGGUGUUUCGUGUAUACUUCAAUCUCCCUCUCCCGGAGCGCAUUGUUCGUUAUACAUAUGGGAUGGUCGGGAUCAACCUUGUGAUCAAAGGCCCUCGACCACCUCCACCAUCACGAGGAACCCCAGGGAACCUCUACGUGUGCAAUCAUCGUUCAGCCCUUGACCCCAUCGUCAUUGCUAUUGCACUUGGAAGGAAAGUGUCCACUGUCACGUACAGUGUCAGCAAGCUCUCUAGAUUCUUGUCACCAAUUCCAGCUGUUGCUUUGACACGUGAUCGCGAAGCUGAUGCUGCAAUGAUCAAGAAAUUGCUUGAGAAGGGCGAUCUAGUUGUAUGUCCCGAGGGGACUACAUGUCGCGAGCCGUUUUUAUUGAGGUUCAGUGCUCUUUUCGCAGAAUUAAGCGAUAGGAUCGUGCCAGUUGCAGUGGACUCCAAGCAGAGCAUGUUCUAUGGCACAUGUGUCCGCGGGGUGAAGUUUUGGGAUCCAUAUUUCUUUUUCAUGAACCCGAGGCCAACUUAUGAAUUGACAUUUCUUGAUCCGUUGCCAAUGGAAAUGACCGUCAAGGCUGGUGGAAAAACAUCAAUUGAAGUAGCCAACCAUGUGCAGAAAGUGUUGGGUGGUGUUCUUGGUUUUGAGUGCACUCAGUUGACAAGGAAGGAUAAGUAUAUGUUGCUUGGUGGAAAUGAUGGUAAAGUGGAGUCCAUGUACUCCAAGAAAUCCUGAGUUAAACUUCACUGGAGAUGGUAUUAUAGAUGAUUGAUUUGGGGGAUUUUGCUAGUAAAAUUUGUGUUUCAACAUUAUAUAGAACUAUGCUGUUGAAGGGGAUUUGUUUUUACUACAUGAUUGGUUACUGUAUUGUAUUCAAUAGACAAUUAUUAAUUGAGAUCAAAUUUGUUCCUGGACUAAA